AUGGCGGUCCGCGUACAAUUUGAAAACAACAAUGAAGUGGGAGUGUUUAGUAAACUAACAAAUUCGUAUUGUCUGGUCGCCAUCGGGGGCUCCGAGAACUUCUACAGUGUUUUUGAAGCCGAAUUGGCAGACACGGUUCCCGUGGUGCACGUAAGUGUCGCCGGUUGCCGCAUUAUCGGGCGGAUGAUGGUCGCCAACAAGAACGGGUUGCUCGUGCCCUCAUCCACGACCGACACUGAGCUGCAACAUAUCCGCAACAGCUUACCGGACAACGUAAAGGUGCAAAGGGUCGAGGAGCGAUUGAGCGCUCUUGGAAACGUCAUCGCGUGCAACGACUACGUCGCCUUGGUUCACCCAGAUUUGGACAAAGACACAGAGGAAAUCCUAGCAGAUACACUAGACGUAGAAGUAUUUCGACAGACUGUGGCCGGCAACGUGUUAGUGGGAUCUUACACGGCAUUGAGCAAUCGGGGAGGACUUGUGCACCCAAAGACUACCAUACAAGAUCAAGAUGAACUGUCCUCUUUGUUACAAGUACCUUUAGUAGCUGGAACAGUGAAUAGAGGCAGCGACGUAGUCGCCGCCGGACUUGUCGUCAACGAUUGGAGUGCCUUCUGCGGGAUGGACACCACAUCCACUGAAAUAUCAGUUAUAGAAAGUGUUUUCAAGCUCAACGAGGCCAAACCCAGUGCAAUCACAUCUACAAUGAGAGCAUCCCUAAUCGACAGCAUGUCAUAA